UUACAAUUUAUUUGUUACUUCUUCCGGGUGAACAUAAUUUUUUUGUUUGCAUGACGUGAGAUUUGUGCAUGCUAAAUAUUUGGGACUAGCUAGCUUUUUAGCUAACUAAAUUCAAACCAAAAUGUCGCGGGGCUCAAGUGCAGGUUUCGAUCGUCACAUCACCAUCUUCUCUCCAGAGGGUAGACUCUACCAAGUUGAGUAUGCUUUCAAGGCCAUAAACCAAGGUGGUCUCACGUCAGUAGCAGUCAGAGGUAAAGACUGUGCAGUAGUCGUCACACAGAAGAAAGUACCAGACAAGCUACUGGAUUCCUCCACAGUCACUCACCUGUUCAGGAUAACGGAGAACAUUGGCUGUGUGAUGUCAGGGAUGACAGCGGACGGCAAGUCCCAGGUCCAGAGAGCACGCUACGAGGCAGCAAACUGGAAUUACAAGUAUGGUUAUGAGAUCCCAGUGGACAUGCUAUGUAAGAGGAUCGCUGACAUCUCUCAGGUGUACACACAAAAUGCUGAGAUGAGGCCACUGGGAUGCUGCAUGAUAGUGAUAGGUGUGGAUGAUGAGUGUGGUCCCCAGGUGUAUAAGUGUGAUCCUGCUGGAUACUACUGUGGCUUCAAGGCCACCGCUGCAGGAGUCAAACAGACAGAGGCAACCAGCUUCCUGGAGAAGAAGGUUAAAAAAAAACUUGACCUGACCUUUAAAGAAACUGUCGAGACCGCCAUCACCUGUCUGUCUACAGUCCUGUCCAUUGAUUUCAAACCCUCUGAGCUGGAGAUAGGAGUCAUCGCAACAGAAGACCCUAAAUUCAGGAUUCUGACAGAGUCUGAGGUGGACACCCACCUGGUGUCCCUAGCGGAAAGAGAUUGAGCCCAGAAACACAUCUCUCUGGGCCUCUGUAGUUUAAGGCCCAGUCAGAGAAUUGUGGGAUUUGUAGUCCCCAAGUUGAAGAAUGGUGUUAAUCCUUGUUUACUGUAUAUUUGCCCCCUGUUCCAUUAAAAACAUUUUUCAACAUUUUCAAGUAAAAUAUCCAGUUUUGAUUAAUUUGUUUUCAGGUUGAUCGCUCAAUGCCAGGACGGGUUUUCACUCCGGCACUAGGUUAACAGACUGCACAAUAUUUUCUGUGUGUAUUAUUCCACCUUGUAUUUUUGAAGUUUAAACCCUUUUCUAAUGUAGGCUUAUGCCAUUUUCAUUUUUGUAAUACAAAAAAAAAUGUAUUCUCAAUGUGUGAUCAUAGAUUUGACUGAAUUAUGUGCACCAUGCCUUGGUUAUAUGACCUAGUACAAACUUGAAAAUGUUUGUACCUAAAUUGGGUAACCUGACUGAGACUUUUUGAACAUUGCUGCAGAGUAAAACAUUGACUUCCUGUUGUGGUUCUGCUCAUUUAAUCACAUGACAUACUAUUGAAGAGCUGUGGUGAAGGUUCUUUACUACAAUCAGUCAAAACUGGUUGUGACCUGUUUGCCUCCUUGUAUCAUGAUUUUUUUUUUGCAUUUUUCAUUUCCUUUGAGUCAGAAAUAAAAUGCACCUCUGGUGACAAUCAAAAGGCAAA